CUCUCCCUAGCUCAUUUUUCUCUCAAAGUUUUCCUUUUUCUUAAUUAAAGACAAUGGGGAUUCAAUUGAAGAACAAAGCUAUGGAGGUAGCCUUGAAAAUCAAGAAGCUUGGACAAGAUGAUCCAAGAAGAAUUAUUCACUCCAUUAAAGUUGGAGUAGCUCUUACUUUGGUCUCAUUGUUUUAUUAUUGGAAGCCUCUCUAUGAUGGCUUUGGGGCCUCCGGGAUUUGGGCUGUUAUUACUGUCGUAGUCAUCUUUGAAUUUACUGUAGGUGCAACUCUUAGUAAAGGUUUGAAUAGAGGUUUGGGAACAAUGUUGGCUGGUGCUUUGGGAGUGGGAGUUGACUAUUUAGCCAAUCUCUCUGGACAAAAAGGAGAACCAUUUGUUUUGGGCAUCUUUGUUUUUCUUAUUGCUGCAUCAGCAACAUUUUCAAGGUUCUUCCCUGGGAUCAAAGCAAGAUAUGAUUAUGGAGUGUUGAUAUUCAUAUUAACUUUCAGUAUGGUUUCGGUUUCGGGUUAUCGAGUGGACGAGUUCUUGACGAUGGCUCAUCAAAGACUAACCACCAUUCUUGUUGGUGGAGCCAUUUGCAUUAUCAUCUCCAUUGUUGUUUGUCCAGUUUGGGCUGGAGAAACUCUUCACAACUCAAUUAUUUCCAAUAUAAACAAGUUAGCCAAUUAUCUUGAAGGAUUUGGUGGGGAAUAUUUUCACUCUUCAGAUGAACAUGUUACUGUUCCUGAAAAAGACAAAUCAUUCCUUCAAGAGUACAAAGUUGUUCUUAAUUCUAAGAGCACGGAAGAUUCCAUGGCAAACUUUGCAAGAUGGGAACCAAGACAUGGAAACUUUGGGUUUCGUCAUCCAUGGAAACAUUACCUGAAAAUUGGAUCCUUUGCUCGACAAUGUGCUUACCAUAUUGAAGCUCUCAAUUUUCACCUCUCCCCUCAUCAACUCCAAGAGCCAUCACAAUUUCGAAGAAUGAUGGAAGUUCCAUGCAAGACCAUAAGUUCAGAAUCAGGAAAAGCCCUAAAAGCCUUAGCCACAGCAAUGAAGACGAUGACUGAUCCAUCACCUUCAUCACAGCUCCAUCUAAAUGCGGCAAAAUCAGCCGUUAACGAUCUGAAAAACACUCUGAAAUCCGGCACAGCACAAAUUUCAGACGAUAUUUCAAAUCUUCUAGCAAUAAUUCCAGAUGCCACAGUGGCUUCCAUAUUGAUUGACAUUGUUAAAUCAGUGGAAGAUUUAAGUGAAGCAGUGGCUGAACUCUCUCUAAAAGCUAAGUUCAAAAGUGUUUCACCAGAGAAACCUCAGUUGCUUCACAAAGGAACUAUAAAGCCAUUUGUAGAAGAAGAUGAUAAUGAAGCACAGCAACAACCCCAUGUUGUUAUUACAGUCAGCGGAAUUGAGAAUAAUAAUAAUAAUGAGGAUUUACCUGUAAAUAAAAAGUAGGGUUUUUUUGUUCUAGAAAAGUGGGGUCUUAGUUUUUUUUCAAUCCUAUUUUGUUAUGAUUGAAAAAUUGUUGGUAAGGGCGUGAUGAGGGUGCUGUGGGUGUGUUAGCUCUAGUUAACACAUCUAAUGCGUCUACUGAUCCUUCCACGUUUAGUACUUUAUUUAAAAAGAAGGUUAGGCAGAAAAAAAGAGCGAAAAGAACCUCUAGAGGUAAAAGUAGGAUUUAUUUAUUAGGGAUGUGUCCUACUGUGUGACCAAGGAUGGGGUUUUAAAUAUUGUGUAACAAUCUUAUAUUUAUGUAAUGUAAUGGUGAAUAUUCCAC